AUGGCAACUGUUCAAUCUCUAGGGCUGCAUCAACCGGCUGGGCUUCGGCAUGCUAUUGACGAACAGCUGCUACCUCCAGAUCCGCCUGCCUCGUCAUAUUCCUGGGAGAUUUUUACUGACGACGGAGAUGGAAGCCAAGUAGAGGACGAGCUGCUCACUACCGACAGAUGUGUGAUUUGGUGCCGUGGGGGCAUUUUCCGCAAAUCAUUCAAAUUCGAUCUCGAAAAGGAAUCCAUCACACAAGCCCUUCUCACAUAUUUUCCAGCCUCGGAAGAUGGAGGCGGUAACCGCAAGGCUUCUGUUGCCGUGGGCCAGCGUCCUGUAGCCCUUGAAAAGGGCUUGGUGGUCUUUCUCAAAACCCAGGCCCAUAUCUACAUGCUAUCGGGGACAAGUCACGUAGUCCACAUGCCGUUCGAAGUUGAAUCAGCCUGUGCCGCCCCUGUUGGAGUUCUCAUACAGACGAAGCAAAAGGCCGAGAACUUCGCACCGAUUGCCUUGAAGUUUCCUCGAGUUCCGCCCAACUCUUUCGUGUCGUCACAGCUGACUGCAUUCGGCAGCUCUCAGCAAACUGCUUUCUCCGUGGAGGGCCUCGGAAAUCCCAAGCUGCUACCGGUAGGACUGAAUAUGACGCUGGAAAACAUGUGGGAUGCGCCGUUGGAGCAGCCUGAAUCUCACUGGCCUCGACUCGUGGCUCUCACCGAUCCGUUGUUAGACAUCGGGCUUGUUGUGACAGAUGCCGAGAAAGUGACGUCAACCCGGAGAAAUAGGAAUAAAGCUUCAAAGAUACAUGGCUUUCUCGAUCCCGCUGAAGAAAUACUCUACGUUGAGAAAGUCGUUAUCCCUGGUACUUCCCCUGAACAUCCCCAUGAGCCUCUGAUACUUGGCGUCACCAUCAACCGCGAGGCUAAUGCCUACACAAUCUGGAGAUUGUCAUAUUUGGAACAUGAGGAUCACUUCAUCAAGCGUCACGCAAGUCCAAGCACAAAGGCGUCCCGACGUCGAAGCUCCAUGCAGCCUGGAUUUGCCAGCGGCGCAUCUACCCCGGUACAAGCAAAUCAUCGUGAUAGCUUUGGCGCACCGCUGCCAGGGAAGCGAUCACGCAAAAGCGAAAAGCUCGAGAAACCGCUGGAUUUGUUGGAAAGGCAAAAUAUGGAAAGUUCUGGAGUUGGGCGGAGGAGCUCACGCAGGCUGAGUUCAAUGCUAGCUCGUGCAGAUCUCUCGGCCUCCUACGACAGAGCAGUCUUCCCAGACCAAACAUCACUUCUCAGUGGUGUAUCUUCGAAAAGACAUGAUUCUCUUGGUAAUCAUGGCCGUUCCAGCUCUUCCUAUAUUCACCAGGUUCAUCAUAGCCUCGGAAGUUUGUUGGAAGCUCCGUUAGACGGCGGCUUAGAUGAUCGCCUUCAUAAUAUACGGCUUGAUGACCGUGAAUUUGACGGACUACAACAUGAAAUGCUCUUCAGCAAAAUCCAUAUCAUCCCAAUAGAUAGCUCAAACGUUCACUAUUCACCACCCGGCGGCACUUCUCGAAAUCAGGCGAAAGUAUUUGUUCUUGCAGCCCCUCCUUUUGCUACAAAUGAUUGUCAUACGGGCCAAUUGCUUAUAGGUAUCCAAGAAGUUAUGGAGAAACGCCUCCAACUGGUCACCUUUUCUCUCAAACUACAUCAAAAGACUGUUGUUACCUCUGGGCGUAAGGGGUCAUCUUCCACGAUUGCAGUAUCAAUUUUGCCAGGCGAAUUACGAAGAGCGCAAAACGUGGUUGACUCAUGCAAAAUAAUCGAUGGAGACCAGUCUGCAAUCCUUGUGUUGUCGGAAUCCAUGGACGGUCGACAUGAGCUGAGCACUCAGGCACCCUGGAGUGAGAUGACCAAACUCUCGCUUUCUCUCCUUUUUGUCGAUGACACAAAGAGUCUGCAAUUCCGUGGAAGGGCAGUCGACAGAGACGUCAGGCAGCGAAAGAGCGAAAUCAUAGAUCUCACUAAUGGCAGUAUUGUGGGCGUCUGCCACUCCAGGCAUCGCGGAGUGGUCGACGUAGUUGACACGCAAGGACGUCUCCAUCAGUUGAGAAUCCAGCUGCGGCCGUCUUGUGCUCCAGUGUCUGCUAUUCUCAACAUCUGCAGAAGUGUCUUUCCUGAUUCAGUUGGGGAACGGAUUCACACAGGGUGGCUUCAUGUCAUGCAAUGGCUAUGUAGCCAAGGUAAAGCAGAUGGCAACGUGGAAUGGUCUGCCUUGACCAUCCUGCUCCUGGCACUAUUCUUAAACCUCGAUCGGUCGGAAGUUCGAAAUUCCCCGUCUGAGAGACUUUCAGUUCGGAAGCGGAGGCAUCCUUCCGGGUCAUACGCCUCCCUUAGGGAUUCCGAUGACUGGAAAGCUCUUGAAAUGGGAGAAACUGUAAACUCUCUUGGGUGCCCGGCCUGGAUGAUCAAUCGCGGAUGGCAAUGGGUCAUUGAUGAUGAUGAUGAAACCACUUCUCAAAACAUCACCCAGGGUCUCGGUACAAAAUUCAUUUCCAGGCAUGUUAUUCUGGCCAAAGAAUAUAUGGGUUCUUCAUUUGGGAUCAAUGCUUUCGGGCCCUCCGGAUAUCUCCCAACUUCUCUAGGCAGAAGUUCUGAAUACAGACGAAAAGCUGCUGAGGAUGUUUUCAUGGCCAUUCACCUUCUGUUAGAGGAACAGAAACUUGACAUUAUGUCCGCAGAAUAUCUGCCAUCCGGUCGAGCCGAUCUUCGUGUGAUCCUAUGCCAAAUUGCUAGAUGGUUAAAGUGGCACAACUACUCGUCAUUUUAUGAACUGGGGAUACAAGAAGACCUCGACCCACGCCACGAUCAAGAACUUCGUCUGAAGUCGCCAAUCUCUGAACCAACAGCCAGGCCAGAUAUACUGGAAUGGAUUCAAUCCCGUUUUACAGGGCUCCAUGGCCAAGACUAUAUCAUUCCAGCAGAUAUCUUUUAUACUGCCGCACAAUUAUCCGAACCUGAUAAAUUGUUUGACAACCGCUGGAACUCUAUUCUCCCCCGAACCAUUAUGUUUAAACGCUUCUUUAAGCUUAUCAAAGCAAAUACCACAGCAGUGCAAAUGGUGGAAGCUAUGAAAGAGUGCGGCUUAACUAAUCAUGUCCUUGAAACCCUCCCAGAGGCUAUUUUGAUACCUCUUCAGGAUGCCAUAGCGCUCUGCCAACCUCAUCCUCCUUCUUCCUGGUCGGAUGAGAUGCUGGAGCUGGUAAAGAGGACUGAUAUCAGCCUGAUUCUCACCUCCAAUAAGCGUCAUCGUCCGGCCAUGUCCAACAUCUUAACACCAACACAUACGGCAAGUUGGGAAUACAAGUUGCUCUGUGAAAGUGUUGAGCAAACAAAUAGCCAGGGUUAUGACGAAGGCGAAGGAACCGAGCGACAGUCUGUGAUUCGGGCACUCUUUAGGGACGACCGCCGCCUUCAAGAAGCUCGAGACUUGCUGGCAACUCAUAAACCUAGAGUUGUGAGUCUGCCACAAGACCCAGGUUUGCCUGAAAGUGAAUAUUUAGAGAAGCAAAAAGAGCUAGUUUCCAGGAUUGCCGCCGGAACCCUGGCUAUUCCGGCAGGGAGAGGACUUCUUUUUUACAGCCUUCGCUUCCCUCUAAUUACCCAGAAAUUCCAUAUUGGCGGGUUCAACCUGAACUGCGUUGUCAAGCCCAACAACGUCACUGUAGGCGUGGACAAGACCUUAUUCACAGAGGAGAAGGUUUGCUGGGGAUUCUUCCAUCAAGGUGUCGCGGCUGGGCUGGCAAUUUCCCCACAAGCAAAGGGCAUUGAUACUUCGUGGAUUCUGUACAACAAACCGAGUCAAGACAUGAGCAACCGGCAUGCUGGAUUUCUGCUAGCACUUGGACUGAACGGCCAUCUCAAAGGCGUUGCAAAAUGGGUAGCUUUUAAGUACCUUACGCCAAAACAUACGAUGACCUCCAUCGGCCUGCUGCUUGGCCUCGCCGCGUCAUACAUGGGCACCAUGGAUUCUCUCAUAACUCGCCUCCUCUCCGUACACGCUACUCGCAUGCUUCCGCGAGGUGCUGCGGAACUUAACCUUUCGCCCCUCACUCAAACGUCCGGCAUCAUGGGAAUUGGCCUUUUGUACUGUGGUAGCCAACACCGACGUAUGAGCGAGAUAAUGCUUUCAGAAAUUGAGCAUGUCGACGACGAAGAUGAAGAAGAGCCCCUGAGGAGUGAAUGUUAUCGCCUUGCGGCCGGUUUAGCACUUGGCUUCAUCAAUCUUGGCAAGGGAAACGAUCUCAAGGGCUUACAUGACAUGCGUCUCACAGAGAAACUUAUCACACACGCCACCGCAACAAAGAAUGUUGAGAUCGUACAUGUUCUGGAUCGGGCCUCCGCCGGUGCAGUCAUGGCCAUUGCACUUAUCUUCAUGAAAUCGGAGGAUCAGAUCGUUGCGCGAAAGAUCGAUAUCCCCGAUUCGGUGCUUCAGUUUGAUUACGUUCGCCCCGAUAUUCUUCUUCUACGGACUAUGACAAAAAAUCUCAUUCUGUGGUCUCAAAUCGAACCCACGUUUGACUGGAUUCAGAAAAGCCUUCCUGCUCCUAUUUUGACAGGCCUCUGCUUUGCUAUCGCUCUUCGUUUCUCCGGAAGUGCCUCUCCCAAAGUGCGAGAUUUACUGUUGCAUUAUCUAGAUCAGUUCAUGCGUAUUACUGGGCUGCCGGCAACGCCCAGAAUGCAUCCUGAUGCCGCUCCCCUCUACGACGAAGAGCUAGCUAGAACAAAUGCCCGAAUGUGCCAGGAUAUUCUCGCAGUUUCUUGCUCCAUUGUCAUGGCUGGCACAGGUGACAUCCCUGUCCUCCGUCGACUUCGGGCUCUGCAUGGAAGGGAUGAUCCUGAUACGCCUUAUGGCUCACAUCUCGCAGCCCAUCUUGCUAUUGGAGCGUUAUUCCUUGGCUGUGGCACUACUACUUUUGGAUCCAGUAACAAAGCAAUCGCAGCAUUGCUGGUGGCCUUUUAUCCGAUUUUCCCGGUAAACGUUAUGGACAACCGAUCGCACCUUCAGGCCUUUAGACACUUUUGGGUCCUGGCGGCUGAACAACGCUGUCUUGUCGCCAAGGAUGCACUCACAGGCCAAACCGUCUCUGUACCUGUACAUAUCAAGAUGCGAGGCAGUUCGUCUAUUGAGUCGGUAUUGUCGAGAACAACCCCAUGUCUGCUGCCUCCUCUCGAUCAGAUAUCCAGCGUGACCACUGCUGGUGGUCCACAAUACUGGGAUGUUGAACUUGACUUCUCAAACGAGGAGCUCAGAAAAACAUUCGCGCAGACACAUAAUCUCUUUCUCCGUAGACGGCCACCGCGCGAGGGCACCUUCACGUCAACCCUGAGAGCGCUCGGCGAGCAAGAAAAGGGCGAGAAUCCCCUAGAGUGGAUCCUCAACCUGGAUGCUUUGCAAGAUCUCAGCUACGCGGAGAAAGCAGCCUUGUUGGACACCGGUGACGAACAGCAAGGCGGUAUUGGAAGCGCCGUGGACGCAAGGCUCGAGAUGGAACGGGGCGUCAUGGAAGGCGGCGAUAGAGAGCGCCUCGAAGGUGCAAGGUUGCUCUUCGAAUGGGGCGACUCUCGCGAUAACCUCCGCCAAUCUUCGUUGACGGCCAUGACGGAUAGUCAGAGCACCAUCAAGCCGGCAAACUCUCAGGACGAGUCGAAGGACGAUGCUCCCGCACAGCAUGAAGAGACGGAGGAUGAGGCAGAGGGCGUUUGGUGGAUGAGAGACAGUGCUAUUGAGGCUUUGAAGGGGAAAGUAUGGAUGGCGGCCCGACAACAUGAACAGUAG